AUUCUUACACCCUCCUCCUUAUAUAAUUACAUAUAUACCUACAUAUAAAUAUCUCAUUACACAUUUCAUAAGACCUCACGAAGCAAACCAAUUCUAUUUUUUUUCUGUAAGAGAGAGAGAGAUAUAGCCAGAGAAUAAUACUUGUUUUUGAUAUGCCAACAUCUCUACAAUUUCAGAGACCUUCCACCGCCGCGGAAUCAGCCAACCACCACCACAAACAGCUUCAGAAAAUGAGCCUCACGCGCGGCAUGGCUGACGUCCCGGAGCACGUGGAGCUUUCCCACACGCACGUUGUGGAACCCUCUCAGUGCUUCUCCGUCGUGGUUCAGGACGUGGACGCUCCGGCUUCCGCCGUAUGGUCGAUCCUCAGCCGCUUCGAACACCCUCAAGCCUAUAAACACUUUGUGAGGAGCUGUCACGUGGCUGCCGGAGACGGUCGAGAGGUUGGCUCCGUGAGGGAGGUCAGAGUCGUCUCUGGUCUCCCCGCGGCGUUCAGCUUAGAGCGCCUUGAGAUCAUGGACGAUGAUCGCCACGUCAUGAGCUUCAGCGUCGUGGGUGGGGACCACAGGCUUCAGAACUACAGAUCGGUCACGACGGUGCACGAGUCGUCGGACAACAACAAGAAGACACGUGUCGUUGAGUCAUACGUCGUUGACGUGCCGGCUGGUAACGAUAAGGAUGAGACUUGCAGCUUCGCCGACACCAUUGUACGUUGCAACUUGCAAUCGUUGGCUAAACUCGCCGAGAACCCGCCUAGAAUCUAGUAAAAUCUGGCAGGCAGAUAAUGAGUUCACAGCAUUGUUUUUUCCCCUAAGUCGAAACUAAAAACUUGCUAAUAAUUUAUCGUUUCAUCGACAAACUUUCCUAUUAAUAUGUAAAUGAUUUGUUUUUAUCUAAAAAUAAAUUUAAAUUAAUUGUACUUUUAUCCAAAGUGAUAAAAUUCCUUGGUCCUUUUUCAUUUUUGGGAUGUGUGAACCGUUACAAUAAUUCAAAUGUCAAAAUUAUUACUUUUCA